AUGAGGAAUCGUAGACAGUUCGGUGAUGAAGAACCCUUGCUGGAUUCUGAAAAUGAGGGAAGGAAAGAGGAAAGGUAUAUGUGGAAUCUGUUCGUCAACGAGCCGAGGAAGACGAUUUCAGGUUCUGCUGCUGAAUCAGUAUUCAUAAAUUUGGGAAUAAAAUUGUUGAAAGUGGUGACUGUCAUUGUCACCUUCCUUGUAGUUCUUGGUUCUGCAGUCAUCUCAAAAGGCACUUUACUAUUCAUGAUUUCACAAGUCAAAAGUAACGUGACACGGCCAUACUGCAACAAAAACAGACAUAUCUAUCAAACAGAACAAUUCGUGGUGACUCUUCCUGAGGAAGAACGCACCCUUUGGAUAUGGAUGAUAAUUUUUUCUUACCUUGUUCCCGAAUUGGGAACAUUUGCCAGAUCUGUCAGAAUCGUUUUCUUCAAAUCUUGGAAACGUCCUAGUCCAUGGGAGUUCUUCGUACUAGCCAUAUCAGAACUAGCACCUGCAAUAGGCAGUGCCCUACUGGUCUUUGUGGUACUGCCUGAACUAGACGUCCUGAAAGGUUCGAUGUUGACGAACGCGGUUUGUUUAGUACCUGGUAUAUUAUUGUUUUGCACCAGAUUUUCCUGGCCAAUCAAACUAAACAGGUCAAUGAGUCAAAUAGUGGACAUCGUAGCCAUAACCUGUCAACUCACCGCUUUCUUUGCUUGGCCAGCAGUAGAAAACAAAACUGUUCUCUACCUCAUACUGCCUUUAUCACUGUUCCUGAUUUCUACUGGAUGGUGGGAGAAUUACGUGUCGGAUAAGUCAAAUAUCAAAUUGAUCAAAGAAUUGGGAGAAAGCAGAAAGGAAUUCCAAACCAAGACGUAUUUCAUGUAUUCCAUAAUAGCUCCAAUGAAAUGUUUCGCUUUUUUCAUGACUACCUUGAUAAUAUUUUGGAUGAGAGAAGGCAGUGUAUACUUUUUGUUCGACAAAUUCGUUGAUGCGUUCAGUACACGAUACAUCAAUGUAACCGAGAUUGAACCAAUCGUAGGUACGAUAAGCUUCUACGAAGAAGCGGUAGCCACAGGCAACGGAAAAUCUGAAAAAGUCACCAUUUGGAUCCCUCUGAUAGUAUGGUUCAUUAACAUCUCGUCCACCUACAUUUGCUACGCCUUCGGGAAAUUCUCCUGCAAAAUACUGAUACAAACCUUCGGCUUCGCUCUACCGGCAAACCUCACAGUGCCAGUGCUACUAACAGGAUUGAUAGUGAUGUGCGGGAACUACGUCAAGGACGAGUGUGCCUACGCUGACUCCAUUCCUCCGCACCUUUUCUUCACUGUUCCCAGUCUCUCUUACUUGAACGAGUUUAUUGGCCACCAAUACGCCUGGGUCUGGCUCAUUUGGCUCUUGUCGCAGACUUGGAUAACGCUGCACGUUUGGAACGAUGCUGACGACAAGCUGACUUCGACCGAGUUGCUGUUCUUCCGGCCGAUGUACGAUGCCUUCUUGAUCGAUCAAUCUAUCACGAUGAACAGGAGAAAACAGAAGGAUGGUGUCAAGAAAUUCAAACAGAAAAGAGACAUUGAAACAAAAACCGACGAAGACUCCAUUACUCGCAUUUAUGCUUGUGGAACAAUGUGGCACGAAACCAAAGAAGAAAUGAUGGAAUUCUUGAAGUCAAUCUUCAGGAUGGAUGAGGAUCAAUGUGCCCAUAAAAUAACCAGAACUUACUUACAGUACUACUUACCUGGUUACUACGAAUUCGAAACCCACAUCUUUUUCGAUGACGCUUUCAUCAGAGUGAGUCAAGAUGACAAAGAUCCCCACCUGAACUCCUUCGUGCUGGACCUUAUAGCCACAGUCAGUAAGGCUGCCAGCGAGGUCCAUGAGACCAACGUGAAGAUUGAGACUCCCUUGAUAUACCCCACACCCUAUGGGGGACGGUUGGAGUGGACGCUGCCAGGAAAAACAAAAAUGAUCGCUCAUCUGAAAGACAAGGCCAAAAUUAGACCGAAGAAACGUUGGUCCCAGGUCAUGUAUAUGUAUUAUCUUCUUGGAUUCAAGAUAAUGGACAAUGAUGAUUUGACUGCAGACAGAAUAAAAAAUCUCUCGAGGAACACAUACAUACUUGCGCUCGAUGGUGAUAUCGACUUCAAACCUCAGGCAGUACAUCUUCUUGUAGACUAUAUGAAGAAGAACCAAAGUUUGGGAGCUGCCUGUGGCAGAAUCCAUCCUAUAGGUUCUGGAGCCAUGGCUUGGUACCAAGUGUUCGAAUAUGCCGUUGGGCAUUGGCUACAGAAGGCUACAGAACACGUCAUAGGCUGCGUCUUGUGUAGCCCUGGAUGUUUCUCCCUCUUCAGAGCUGGAGCUUUGAUGGACGACAACGUCAUGGCGAAGUACACCACUGUGCCAUCAGAGGCUAGACAUUACGUACAAUAUGAUCAAGGUGAGGACCGAUGGUUGUGUACCUUAUUACUCCAAAGAGGCUACCGCGUGGAAUACUCAGCAGCAUCAGAUGCUUACACUCAUUGUCCAGAAGGUUUCAACGAGUUUUACAACCAACGAAGAAGAUGGAUGCCUUCAACAACUGCAAACAUCCUGGAUCUUCUGAGCGAUUAUAAAUUCAUCAUCAAGAAAAACGACAACAUUUCAAGACUCUACAUCUUAUAUCAGGCAGUUUUGAUGAUUGGAACAGCCAUUGGACCUGGAACCAUAUUCCUUAUGCUUGUGGGGGCUUUCAUAUCUGCAUUCAAGAUGUCACAGAUGACAAGUUUCUGGUUCAACAUAGCACCUGUUUUAUUCUACAUAUUGAUUUGUGCUACUUGCAAAUCAGACACCCAGCUAAUGAUUGCGGGUAUGUUGAGCAUCCUCUACUCACUGGUGAUGAUGACAGUUCUGAUCGGUAUAGUUAUUCAAGUAGAAGAUGAUGGUUGGCUGGCGCCAUCUUCCCUGUUUCUGAUCAUCACUGCCCUCAUAUUCAUCAUAGCUGCCUUCAUGCACCCGCAGGAAUUCUACUGUCUCAAGUAUGGCGUCAUCUACUACGUCACUGUACCGAGCAUGUACAUGCUUUUGGUGAUAUACUCUAUUUUCAACAUGAAUAAUGUGUCCUGGGGUACGAGGGAUGUGACAAUCGCUCCUCCACCUGAGAAAGACGCAUCAAAAGAUAAAAAAGAAGGCGAAGAGGCGAAGAAAGAAGAAGAAGAAAAAAAGAAAAAAGAAGAAGAAAAGAACAAGAACAAGAUUUAUUCAUUCUUCGGAAAUAACGCUGACAAUGCUGGUUCAUUUGAAUUUUCGUUUGCCGGACUGUUCAAAGUCUUAUGCUGCACAUUUCAAAAUAAUCUUACCGAGCAAGAAAUACUCAAGAACAUGCAAGCCUCGAUGAAAGAACUUCAAGAAAAGUUGGAUCGUAUAGAGAGAAACCAACUCAGUCCGCCUACCAUUCAGACAGAUAAGAGAAAAACUAAGGAAACUCUGCUUCUUGAAGGGUCACAAGGUCUCAGGGCACCUGAAAUGGGUUCAUCUAACCCGAAAACAGACAAUUCUAAAAAUGCUACACCAGCAGCAGACGAUGUCCCACCGAACAGUUGGUUUUAUGAUGGAGAGCUCAUCAACAGUUCCGUGGACUACUUAGACCGCAAAGAAGAAAAGUUCUGGGAUAAAUUCAUUGAGAAAUAUUUGGCUCCUCUAGAUGAAACUGCAACAAAGGACAAGGUUGCUAAAGAUUUGAAUGAUCUAAGAGACCAGAUGGUUAUCACGUUUUUCACUUUGAACUCCCUGUUUGUAUUGGUUAUUUUUCUGUUGAAUAUCCAGCAAGAUGUUCUCCACUUGAACUGGCCAUUAGACCCAAAAUUCAAUUUCACUUAUUAUACGGAUCAAAAUGAGAUUAUCAUUCAGAAAACCAAUCUCCAACUGCAACCAAUCGGAUUCGUUUUUCUGUUAACAUUCGCCGCUUUGAUGCUCAUUCAAUUUCUUGGCAUGUUCGUACAUCGCUUCGGUACCUACAGUCAAAUAAUGGCGAAUACGGCUCUGGACUUCGGACUAUUUGGCAGUGCAAAAGUAGACGAUCUCACAGAAGAGAAGAUUCUAGAAAGAGAUCCGAUAAAUAAUGUAAAGAGGAUUUUCAAAUUACAAGGUAUAAACGCUCAAAACAAGGAUGCAGAUGCUCCUGUGGGAAGAAGGAACACGGCACAUUUUCUUGCUGUCAAAAAGGGCAAAACACCCAGACCUAUUAUAGAAGAUUUGGAGAAGGCAUUCCACACAAGACUGGAAAGGGUUAGAAAUGGAGAAGAAACUGAUAAAGAAAUCAGAAAAUCUACAGUUGUUGCUAUAGAUAGAAGGAGGGAAACAAUUUUUAGGAGGCAAACAGAGUUGCUCAACAGAAAUGGUAUGCCUCCACCGAUAUCCCAGUCCCAAACGACAUACACCAAUAAUGCGUUUGAAAAUGACUGA